AUGUGGACAGAUGAUUGGUGGUGGAAUAUGCAGCAACAUCUUCCAGCUGGUGCUGUUGUGGCACUGAUGAUCCUUGCAUCCGACAAAACAAACUUGACCUGUUUUCAUGGGGAUAAAGCUGCCUGGCCGGUAUAUCUCACUGUCAGAAAUAUCCAGAAGGAUGUCCGUUGUCAGCCAUCAAAACAUGCUACAGUGCUGAUAGGAUACUUACCUAUCUCCAAAAUGCUCCAUUUCAAAGAUGAUGAAGGACAUCAAUUGGGUCACUAUUGGCUAUUCCAUAACUGCAUGCAUUUGGUCAUGGAACCACUCAUUGAGGCUGGUCAUAGUGGAGUUGAGAUGAUCUGCACUGAUUGGAACAUUCAUUGGAUAUUUCCAAUUCUUGUGGCAUACAUCGCAGAUCACCCUGAGCAAUGUCUCAUUGCAUGCUGUAAAGAAAACCACUGCCCCCAUUGUGUUGUAAGACCAAAUCAAUGA